ACUCAUCACCAAUCUUCUUUCAUUUCUCCAAAUCCCCUUUUCAACAAUGAACUAUGGAGCUGGAGCUGGACCAUCACAUCUAUCUUCUUCUUCGUCCUCUUCUGAUGACGAAACAUUUUCUCAUUAUGUUGAACAAUGGGAGGAGGAUAUGAAACAAUGGGAGGUGGAGGAUGAAAUCUUAGCCCGUCUAUAUGCCUCUAACAACAAAAUAAUGGCUUAUUUCUCUAAAGAGGUAAAGAGGGCAAAGCGUAUCGGCUCAGUUCGUGGUCAUUUGGUAAUCAACCGUGGGAGGGAAGAAGAGGGGUCAAUGGGCUCCAUCGACGGAUUACCAAUGGGCCUCUCUCUUCCUCACGAUUCCCUUUUCCUGGGUUUUGAUAGCUCCACUCAGUCUUUGAAAGCAACAGUGCUAGAUGCUAACUUAACAAUCAUUACUUCAGAAACUGUUCAUUUCGAUUCUCACUUGCCACACUACAAAACCAAAGAUGGGGUUUAUAGAGACCCUUUAGAGGAUGGCAGAAUAGUCUCCCCUACAUUAAUGUGGGUCGAAGCUCUCGACAUUCUCCUUGACAAACUAAAAUUAAAAGUCGAUUUCAGCAAGAUUGUAGCCAUAUCAGGGAGUGGACAGCAACAUGGAAGUGUUUACUGGAAAAAGGGAAGUUCAUCCAUUUUAGCCUCUUUGGAUCCUAACAAACCUUUGGUAUCUCAACUUUCCAAUGCUUUCUCCACCAAAGACUCGCCAAUAUGGAUGGAUAGCAGUACAACUUUGCAAUGUAGAGAGAUAGAGAAAGAAGUUGGGGGUGCAUUGGAGUUAUCGAGACUUUCUGGGUCUCGUGCACAUGAGAGAUAUACUGGACCUCAAAUUAGGAAGUUAUAUGAAACGAAGCGAGAUGUUUAUAAUGAUACUGAGAGGAUAUCACUUGUUAGUUCUUUCAUGGCAUCUCUUUUUGUUGGGGGACAUGCUAGUAUUGAUGAAACUGAUGGAGCUGGAAUGAAUUUGAUGGAUAUUAGAGAGCGAGUGUGGUCAAAGAUUGCAUUGGAGGCUACUGCACCGGGAUUAGAAGAAAAGCUUGGCAAACUAGCACCGGCUCAUGCAGUUGCUGGUUCAAUUGCUCAUUAUUUUGUUGAGAGGUAUCGCUUCAAAGAAAGUUGUCUGGUUAUUCAGUGGUCUGGAGACAAUCCCAACAGUUUAGCAGGUUUGACACUCAAUACUCCUGGUGAUCUGGCAAUAAGUCUGGGAACCAGUGAUACUGUAUUUGGAAUAACGAGUGAGCCCCGACCAAGUCUAGAAGGGCAUGUUUUCCCUAAUCCUGUUGAUCCAAAAUGCUAUAUGGUUAUGCUUGUUUACAAAAAUGGUUCUCUAACGAGAGAAGAUGUACGUAAUAGGUGUGCAGCAUGCUCUUGGGAUUCGUUCAACAAGUUAUUGGAGAAAACACCUGAUCUCAAUGGUGGAAAGUUAGGUUUCUAUUACAAGGAGCAUGAGAUUCUACCUCCCUUGCCAAUUGGCAUCCACCGCUAUGUGAUCGAGAACUUCACUGGCAACUCAGUAGAUGAGACAAAGGUUCACAAGGUAGAGGAGUUUGAUGCUGCUUCAGAGGUUCGUGCCAUUGUAGAGGGUCAGUUCCUCUCGAUGAGAGGGCAUGGCUGAGACAUUUGGAAUGGGCCGACUCCCCCCG